AUGACUGCGGUGGAGAAACUGGGCUUUGUUGAGAGGUUUUUGACAUUAUGGAUUUUUCUAUCUAUGUUAAUCGGGGUACUUCUUGGGUACUAUGUUCCAGAAGUAAAAGAUAGACUUGGUUCAUCGAAAUUUGCAGAUGUUAACAUUCCUAUGGCUGUAGGACUAAUAUGGAUGAUGUACCCAAUUCUAUGCAAGGUUAGGUACGAAAUGCUGCACAAGGUUAUGGCUACAAAACAAGUUUGGAAAGAUAUUGGAUACUCAGUAAUAAUCAAUUGGCUUGUGGCACCUCUGAUAAUGGUCAUUUUGGGGUGGGCAACCUUGCCUGACCUGGUGGAGUACCGUAGCGGCCUUGUGCUCGUUGGAACGGCUCGGUGCAUAGCAAUGGUACUUGUAUGGAACAGGUUGGCGGGUGGAGAUGAAGAAUUUUGUGCAAUCGUCGUUGCUAUCAACUCUAUGUUGCAAAUUGGACUUUAUGGACCACUCUCCUACCUGUUUGUUGUGAUCUUUUCGAGAGGAACUCAUAUGGGGAUAAGCAUGUGGCCAGUUGUUCAAAGUGUGCUAGUGUUUCUAGGCAUCCCUCUAGGUGGUGCAGUCUUUACUAGGCUCGUGUUGUACAAAAUAUCACCAACAUUUUAUGACAAGAAGUUCAUCAGGAUUUUGGCUCCUACCUCGUUAUUGGCGCUUCUGUUCGUUAUUAUCAUAAUGUUUGCAAUGCAGGGACAUGAAAUCGUUACCAACAUCAAGACGGUCCUAAGGGUUAUUGUGCCACUGUUGGUGUAUUUCACAUUUAUGUUCUUCUCAGUGCUGGCAUUUUGUUACUAUUUCUGUGUGCCAUACAAGCUAACCGUCGUACAGAGCUUUACAGCUGCUUCCAAUAACUUUGAGCUCGCAAUUGCAGUGGCUGCAAGUGUCUACGGUGAAGCUAGUAAGGAAGCGAUGGCUGCCACGAUUGGACCGUUGGUCGAAGUUCCAGUACUCUUAGCAUUUGUGCACGUUUUAUUAUUUAUCAAAUCCAACUGGUAUGAUCGAAAGACUGAACUCUGUGGUUGCAAGGAGGAUUGA